CCCGGCGCAUCUUUCGCUCUUCAAGACUCGACAUGGUGUCCGAAUCAUCCGCAAGCACGUUCGAACUGCCCGGGCAUAUUAGAGAAUAACAAAACAUUGUGUUGCAGGGGUAUACCAUCAAAGAAUGCCAACAACGGCGAAGCUGAUGGUGCGACGCGGUGGGUUCCACACGAUCGGCGCUCGGCUCAGCUUUCCAAGAACCGUAGACGCGGGGCCCUUCACUCCAAGACCAAACACGGCCCACUUUCACAAGACACAACCCGCUCCGCCCAGUAAAUAAAAGUCCUGGCGCUUGCCUCCGUCAUGCAUGGCGCACGUCAAUGGUAUGGGCUCCCGCGAUUGGCCCAUGCGCGGAGCUUGUCCCCCCUGCAGGAAAGCCAGGCCUUCGAUAACAUGACCGUCGUUCGUCCACGCCGAACAUUCAGUAUUGCAACACCACUGAGAUGGACCUCUAUCGAACCACAUUGGCAGGCUCCCUCCUCUUGAACGGCGUCGUCUUGUAUCAAUCAUAUCGCGCAAAAACCGUCGCGUCCAGCGAGAGCGUAGCGAACCCGGAGAAGGUCGAACAUCGAGGUCGAGAGACAGGCGAUGAAGAGCGAGUGACACGCCUCAAAUGGCGGUUUCUUCCUGUUUAUCUUCUCGUGAACGGCGCCGAUUGGCUGCAGGGACCGUACAUCUACCCCAUCUACAAAGAUGAGAAAGGCCUUGCAGAGAGCCUCGUAGCGCUUCUCUUCAUGGUGGGCUUCCUUUCGGGCGGCGUAUCCGCUUCCUUCGCAGGUGCCUUUGCGGAUCGCUUUGGUCGCAAAGCAGCAUGCCUCGCCUACUGCGUCAUCUAUUCGCUAUCAUGCCUCACGCUCCUCAGCGACCAGAUUGUCCUUCUGUUCCUGGGUAGGAUCCUCGGCGGCAUAUCUGCCACUCUGCUGUACAGCGUUUUCGAGAGCUGGCUCGUUGCUGAAUUCAACGGGCUGAUGCUGGAAGAGCAAGGAUCGGCUUUAAGCGGCAUCUUUAGCACCAUGACUACCUUGAAUGGCCUUGUGGCUAUCGGCGCAGGUAUCCUGGCGGAGUCUCUCGUGGGCAUGGUUGGAACGGCAAAAGCGCCAUUCAUGGCCUCAGCCGUAUGCUUGUCCAUUGCUUUUAUCACGAUAUCAAAGACAUGGCCGGAGAACUACGGCGCUAGGCAAGGUGGCUCGGAAGAAUCGACCGGUCUUUUGGAACAGCAAGCGAACGAUGAGGCCCCCACGAAGUCUGCGUUGAGGCUCGUCUUGCAGGACAAGAACAUCUUAACUCUCGCGGUUGCAUCAUGCUUCUUCGAGGGCUCGCUGUUCCUUUUCAUCUUCUUCAAAUUCCCAGCUCUCAAGCUCUGCCAUGAGCUGGCUGGGUCCUCUAGCGACUUACCAUUUGGGUUGAUCUUCGCCAUCCUGAUGUGCUCCAUGAUGUUCGGUUCCCAGCUUUACAACAACGUCACAUCCUCAUCCGCGGCCCCGGCCAAGCGCAUCCUAAUCUGUACCCUAGCCCUUGCAUCUAUGUGCUUCUUUUUCCCCGCAUAUGUCCGCAAGGAGAGCAUUACUCUCUGGGCCUUCUGCAUCUUCGAGGUAUGCUGCGGAAUUUACUACCCAGUGAUGGGCUCCUUGAAGGGCAAACUUAUCGAUGACGGAGCAAGAGCGAGCGUUUACGGCAUUCUGAGGGUCCCAUUGAAUGCGUUCGUCGUGAUCGCGCUGAGUACGACGAAAGAAGGAGAGCAUCAUCGCGACCUGGUCUUCAUCACCUGCAGUGGCCUGUUGCUCGUCGCAGCACUCGCAGUGCACCGAAUUUUAGCGUAAUACAUUAUCGAAAGCCGGCUGCGUUGGUUUUGGUGUAUCAAUUGUUCCCGAAUAUCGGGUCGAUAAUCUCUAGGUAUGCACGCCUAGCCGUGCUUAAAUACGAAUAUUGUUGCGACGACCUUCUCAGCUAUAGAUACGUGGGUUGUCCGGUACUAAAAGAGCUCUGAAGUGCACAGGAGGGCACUUAGAAUAUUCCGAUCCGAUU